AUGAGUCUCCCUACUAAAGAUGCUCUACUGAUGAAACAGGUUCGGUGUGAUCCGCUUUGCGCUCUUUGUGGAGUGGCGGAUGAAACUGCUGUGCAUGUGUUUGCAAAUUGUAACUUUGCACAUUUGUGUUGGCAUGUUAUCCAUCCAGAUUGGGAGUUGAGUGAAAUGGAAUCUAUUAGGCAGUGGUUACAGAAUAUGUGGAGGCAUUUAUCUCAACAGAUGGUGGAAAAGGUGGUGGUAAUUUGCUGGGCUUUGUGGGAGAAUCGAAAUAACUCUGUUUGGCGCCAGCAGCUUAAGGAUCCGAGAACUAUGGUCAUGCAUGCUUUUCUGUUUUUGGAGGCGUGGAAAAAGGCUCAGCAGCAUCCACAUGAACACACUGCAUUUCGUCAGAAUCAAAUGGAUGCUGUUUCUGCUUGGCAUCCUCCUCCUGUUUAUUUCUAA